AACGCCAUAAAGAGAAUGAAAAUGAAUGAGUUCUCUCUCUCCCAUGUAUAAAUUUGUCGACAGAUUCUCUUUUUUCUUGCAUCUCAUCGUUUCCAAUUUCCAAUUUCCAUCCCUGUUGUGUUCCUCUCUUUGACUUCCCCAAAACACACGUAUUACGUAUAAACAUAUACUAUUCUCUGUUGUAGAACUUGCUAGAACGUUCAUCGGAGAUGGCCUCGCCGCUGGAAGAGCAGCGAAAUCGAGAGGAUUCGCCGGAGACCAAAGAAAUGUUACAUAAGACGAAACUAAUUCAAUUUUUGGGGAGGAAUACUCCGAUUAUCCUUCAAAACGAUAAUGGACCUUGCCCUCUCCUCGCUAUCUGUAAUGUUCUAUUGUUGAGAAACAAUUUGAAUCUAAGCUCAGAUGUAGGUGAAGUGUCACAGGAGAAAUUGCUUUCACUAGUGGCAGAGAGGUUAAUUGAUUCAAACAGCAAUGUUAAUAAUAAAGAUGCAGGGUAUGUUGAAAAUCAGCAACAAAACAUAGCUGAUGCCAUUGAUUUACUUCCCCGAUUAACAACUGGCAUUGAUGUCAACUUAAAAUUCACAAGAAUUGAUGAUUUUGAGUUCACAAGAGAGUGUGCAAUAUUUGAUUUAUUGGACAUCCCACUUUACCAUGGUUGGAUUGUUGAUCCACAGGAUUUUGAUACUGCUAGUGCGAUUGGGUUAAAGUCCUACAAUACAAUAAUGGGGGAACUUGUUGCCCUUGAAACUCAAAACGUGGCAAAUGACAUAAAUAACCCUGAAGAAGAUUGUGUUGAUUUUGUAGCUGCAACAACAGCCAGUUUAGGCGUCCCUUCACCAUCCCUUUCCAGAGUUAAAUCUUUUGAUGAUUCUCCCCAUUCUGUUUCUGAUGAGAAAAAGGAAAGAAAAGGUGAUCUUCAAGAGGAAGAAGAGCUAUUAAAAGCUUUGCAGCUAUCAGUGACCAACAGUCCAACUACGAUUGAGAGUAAAACUGAUUCCGAUCUCAAAACUCCGGAAUCAGUGAUUCCAGAGAAAGUACAUACUGGUGCUGAACAUGAAAAUGAAAAAGCCUUGAAGCUAUCAGAGACUGAAAGUCUAACUACAGCUGUGAAUGAAUUUGAUUCCGAUCCCAAAAAGCCGGAAUCAGUGAUUCCGGAGGAAUUACAUACUGGUGAAAACAAUGAUUCUUGUAUACAAAAACCUUCUACAGAUAAUGAUAACAAUGGAAUGAACAAAUCCAAUGAUGAUUUAACUUUUGAAACAGUUCCAAGUCAAGAAGUUUGUUCUUCUUCACAAGGGGAUAAUGAUAAAAUCCAUAAUACUGGGGAUGAAUCAGUAAAGGGCAAUGAUGUAAAUGUAGAAGGAAAUGUUGAAAGUGUUGGUGAGACAUUGGAUGAUAUGUCAUCAUGCUUAUCUGCACCUAUUCCAGGGUUAGAAUCAUCAAAGGGCAAGGAUGGAAUUUCCUCAAUUGAUGAGUCAAAGGUGUUGACUUCAAGUGUUGAUGAAAGUGAACCGAUUUAUGAAGGUGAGGAACAUAUACAGGAGACGAGUACCACUGCAAAUUAUGAAAAUGGAGAGCCAAUGUAUGAAGGUGAGGUGGUUUUAGCAGAACAAGUGGACAAGGGCAAAGAUGGAAUUACUCCAAAACAAGGAGAACUGAUCAGGAAUUUUCUCAAGAAUAGUGCUAGUCAGUUGACUAUAUAUGGGUUGUUUUCAUUGCAAGAAGGUCUAAAAGAACGUGAACUUUGUGUGUUUUUCAGGAAUAACCAUUUCAACACAAUGUUUAAGUUUGAGGGUGAACUAUAUCUUUUAGCUACGGAUCAAGGGUAUAUUAGUCAACCUGAUUUGGUAUGGGAAAAGCUUAAUGAGGUGAAUGGAGAUUCAGUGUUUAUGACUGGUAAUUUUAAGGAAUUCAAUGCUGAAAGUCAGGAAUCCCACUCGUGGGAUGAACAGAAUGCAUUGGCUAAUACAGCUGACUAUCUUGCAAGCAUUGACAAUUCACCACAAGAGAACACAGGCUUUAACUCUGAUCUGCAAUUGGCUAUAGCUCUUCAGCAACAAGAAUUUGAGCAACAGCAACAGCAACAACAGCCACCACCACCGCAACCACCACGUAAUGACACAGCUGGAGAGUCGGGGUUUGUUACAGGUCCCCAGCAUGUGCAGCCAUCAAGGCCAAAGAGUUCAUCUUCAUCUUCAUCAUCGAAGCAGGAACCAAAGUCAUCAAAGGAUAAGUGCACUGUGAUGUGAAGAAUUGGAGGUUUGUUUUGUAAAUGUGAAUUAAGUUUCAACAUUUCCAAACAUUCAAAGUUUGAUUUGUUCAUGCAUGUCAUAUAUGAAGAUUAUUUACCUUUUUCAUUUUGUUGUAAAGGAAGUUUUUGUAACAUAGCUUCUUAGUUUUCUUUAGUGUAAAUUACACGAAUCGUACCUGUGGUUUGGGGUAA